AUGGGAUGUCUUCUCUACGAAGCUCACCAAACUACAAAAAUUCAAAGUACUUCCGAGUUAAACUUGCAAAAAAGAAUACAAGAGAUAAAUCCAAAACUGGCUCUAGCUCAAAUCAUGAAUCCACGAAGUGACAAAAGUAUAAUAGUUCAGAAAAAAUGGAGUUCACAAGGCUCUUAUGCUAGCUACCCAUUAUCCUUGACAUAAGAUAACUUCAAAGUCUGUUGUGAUGUUGAUUCUGUAAGCAGGAGAGAACAAACUAAUAAUGAAAUUACCAUAGACCAAUUCCCUAGACUUCCUUUAAAAGUUAGUGAUAGCUUUCAAGGACCAACAGACAUCAAUGCAGAGGAACAGACAUUAUUACAAGAUAUAACAGUUACUGUGGAUGAAUUAAACAAAAUAGAACAGGCCACCAGAGGACAGUCAAACUCUGAUGAGUGGAAAAAGCAACGAAAAUUAGGAAUAACUGCUUUCAAUUUUGCAAGGACAACAAAAAGGAAAAGAUAG